AUGGAUAAAGAGAAGAUACAACUCAAGAGAAUAUUUGGAUAUUGCUGGGGCACAAGUUUUUUGAUCACUAAUGUAAUUGGGACAGGAAUUUUUGUGGCCCCCAAAGGGGUACUGAAAUACUCUUGCAUGAAUGUGGGGCUCUCCCUGUGUAUUUGGCUGUCUGUGCCCUGUGCCCUGUUGUCCAUGAUGACCACUCUCUGCUCAGCAGAGAUAGAUAUAACCUUCCCACGCAGUGGAGCUCACUACUAUUUUCUCAAAAGAUGUUUCGGCAACUUAAUCUCUUUCCUGAAUCUCUGGACAAGCUUGUUUCUGGGGCCAGGGUUAGCUGCCAGCCAAGCCUUACUCCUCGCCGAGUACAGCAUCGAGCCUUUUUAUCCCAGCUGCUCUGCUCCAAAGCUGCCAAAGAAAUGUCUGGCGCUAGCCGUAUUGUGGACCGUGGGAAUUCUGAAUUCUCGUGGUGUGAAAGAGGUGACUUGGCUUCAGACAGCCAGUCUAGUGCUGAAAAUGGCUAUACUCGGCCUUAUUUCCCUGAGUGGAGUCAUGCUGCUGGUGAGAGGAAGGAAGGAGAAUGUAGAAAGAUUCCAGAACUCUUUUGAUACUGAUUUUCCAGAAGCUUCUGAGUUUAUAGAAGCCAUUUUCCAAGGAUAUUUUGCGUUUUCAGGCGGGGGAUGUUUUACAUAUAUAGCAGGGGAGCUGAAGAAACCCAGAAAGACAAUCCCAAGAUGCAUAUUUACUGCGUUACCUCUGGUAACUAUCAUUUAUCUGCUGGUUAACAUUUCCUACCUGACUGUUCUGACACCCAGGGAAAUUCUUUCUUCAGAUGCUGUGGCUAUCACGUGGACUGAUAGAGUAAUCCCCUCAUUAACAUGGGUUAUUCCUUUUGGUAUUUCUGCCUCAAUAUUUAGCAACCUUCUGGUUAAUGUACUUGAAUCAUCAAGAGUAACAUAUAUGGCUGGCCAAGAGGGCCAACUGCCUUUGCUAUUUAAUAUGCUUAAUAUUCACUCCUCUCCAUUUAUAUCUGUGCUAGUACUUGUCACCAUGGCAUCAAUUGCCAUUGUCUCAACAAACCUCACUGACCUGAUAAACUAUCUUUAUUUUGUAGUUUUUAUUUGGUCUGUAUUAUCAAUGAUAGGAAUACUAAAACUGAGAUACCAGGAGCCAAAUCUACCUAGACCUUACAAGGUGUUUUUUCCAUUACCUUUGGUAACAAUGGCCAUCAGCCUAUACUUGGUUUUGGUCCCUUUGGUGAAGUCUCCACAUUAUGUGUGCCUCUUUGUUCUCAGUGGACUUCUAUUUUACAUACCUUUAAUAUAUCUCAAAUUGAGGUUGGUUUGGUUUGAGAAAAUGACAUGUCAUUUACAAUUGCUGUUUAAUAUUUGCAUCCCUGAUGUGGCUGAAGAACAGAUGUCAGAAGUACAAACUUUUUAAAAAGUAGCCUUUUAAAAGCACUCCCAAAUUA